AUGUCGUCCGUCACCUCCUCCGCGUCCACCAACUCCAACCCGUUCGCCGACGCCAACCCGCCCGACAUCAAUGACAUCCGCAACCUCAACAUCUUCGAGCGGGUGCCGGUUCGUCUCUCGCAGGCAGACUCCUCCUACUACACGUCGAAGACGUAUUUUUCCCUCAUGUUUCGGGAGUAUCAUCUCAUCGACCACGUGGACGGCACCGUCGACUUCAGCCUCGUCCCCAAGUUCCAUGACUGGUCCACCAUUGACACCACGAUCAUCCGAUGGUUCUUCCUCACCAUCUCGCCGGACUUCUUCCACACAGUCGUGCAGGACGGUGACGAUGCCUGCGCCGUGUGGACCAAGCUGAACGGGAUCUUCACCGACAACAGCUCCAGUGAAAACACCUCCGUCAACGACUAUUGUCGCCACCUGAAGACUCUCGCUGACGAGCUCCGUGAUAUUGGCGCAAAGUUCGAUGAUGACCUCCUCCUCAGCACGCUCACCGCCGGGCUCAACGAGGAAUUCGGCAACGCUGCAGCGAACCUCAGCUCAUCCCCAACCCGUCCUUCGCCAAGUUCGUUGCGUACCCCCGCUUGGAUGAGCGGCGGAUGA